GGUCAGCACCACCAAAGCAUGGAAAGCGGCUGCCGUCUUAUCGGCAGCAGUUGCUAUUGGAGGGUCUCCAAUUUCGCUAUCCACCAGAUCCAUGGUUAAGCCACCUUUAAUAAACAUUUUAUACGUCGACUCUUCAACCAACAAUAUAUUCAGCAUCAGCUACAACAGGCUGGCAAACUCGUACGUUCUCGUAUUGCUCAGUUCCUUGCCGAAUAAAUCACUCGUAUUUCUAGCAUCCCAACUCACGACAGCAACAAUGACCAAGUGGAACAGAACAAAUACUUCUCUCACCGCGAUACAAGAAGCAGAACCCGAAUACUUAGAAAUCUAUUACAUUGGGACCGAUUCAGAGAUUCAUGGAUUUUAUGGUAAUCCAGGAGAGGCUUUUCCACCAAAGUCAGAUCAAAGUCCCCAUUGGGACGUGCUUGAUACACAAGGCCCUGGGGCAAUUGCUGGGAUUGGGUGGUCAGACCGAGUGAGAUUGUAUUAUAUCACUGGUGGGAAGGUGGUGCAGACAGCUUUGAGCAAUGCCACCUGGGUAUCGGCGGCAAACUUAUGAUGAACGAGCUUGGAAAUGGGAGGGUUCAUAGGUGGGAAAGGCAUACAUUCUAUAUAUUAGAAGUUACAGGAGCGACUAGAAUAAUUAUUAUUAAUACUAGAAACACCAUCAACCCCCUCCUCAAAAGCCAUUCUUUUUCACGAACCCCUGAACCUGAUCAAACAUCUUCCCAGCCGAAUAAUGAAGAUUGAUCGCAUGACCAGCGCCAGGAACAAUAUAGCUCUCCGAUCCUUUGCUUGCAUUCG